AUGAAGAGCUCUUCGACUGCAUUUAUAUUGUUGCUGUCAUCAACCGCAGUCCUGUCUGCUGCAUUCUCCAUGAAUCAACCAGAAUCGCAAAACCGAAAAGCUUUCCUUCAGACCACAGCAUCAAUCUUCGGCCCCUCGUUGAUUGGGCCCACGCAAACAUGGGCUGCUGAAGAAAUCGUGCUUCCCGAAAAAGCUGCGGUGAAGCAGGCCUAUGAUGCAGUUCGAUAUGAACUGACAGACCCAAAUGGUGGCGUGGCAUAUUUGCAAAAAAAGGCCGAUGAAAACGACUUUGCUGCACUGAUGGAAUUCACACAGACAUAUGACCUAGAGUUCCGAAAACUCAAGAUGGGCAAAGCAAAGAAGCUGCUCCAAUCGAAGGAACUGAAGGAGGAAGCAACCGGCUACGCCAAUGGAGUUACCUUUGAUUUAAUCGGAAUCAACAGAAAUAGUAGAAAGGGUCAAGAGAGCGUCGAUGGGGUAAAAAAGUACAUUCAAGAACUACGGGAAGACGGCAACAAAUUCAUCAACUUGGAAAGUACAAUUCAAACGUCGGACUAG